AUGGAUCUAGAAAAAUUACUAAGUUAUAAAUUUAAGUGCUGGAAACCACCUCCACCAAAAGUGACGAGUAGAAGCAAAUGUGAUAUUACACUGACAUGGACACUCGGAGAGCCGUUCGGUUUCCUCGGAAAUCACCUGUUGUAUAAACUGGAGAAGCAGGAGAAAAUUCCUCCCUGGGUUCUAGUGUACAGCGGUGGUAAAACGAUGAAAACAAUUGGAAACUUAGCUCCGCUACACCCUCAUAAAUUCAGGCUAAAAGUUAUCUUGAAGGCUUCCGCCGUUUCUUCCCUAGUCGUUAACGCUCUUAAUUACUAUGGAGAUGCAGAAGUUCUAAACAAUAAAUUACAAGAAAUCGGGAAUAUUAACAGCGAAGCAGAAAGGGAGGAAAUUGAUUAUGAAACAAACAAAAGUAAAUUAAAUACGAAGAAGUGGCUGGAGACGCAGUGGUCGGAGGAGUUGUGGACCAAUACAGAUACGGGUGGCGCGUCAGCUGUCUGCUUUUGUAUGGCGGUACGCUGUGGAUACGUCAAACAAUUGCAGACGAUGGUGGAAGAACGACCAGAGCUAAAGGACAUCGCUUCUACAAAUGGACUCACUCCACUUGCAAUUGCCAUCCUACAAGGUGACAUAAACACUGUUAGAUUUCUACUGCAAGCGGGCGCUGACGUGAACCUCGCUUUGAGCACGGGUCAGACGCCGCUUCACCUGGCUGUGCUAGAAGGACACUUAGCUAUAAUUGAACUCUUACUGGAAAAAGCAGCCGACUUUCAGGCUCGCGAUAUAAACGGAUUACGUGUGGAGCACUACGCAGUUGACUCUCGGAAUUUGGAAGUCAUUCGAUAUAUUCUGGAAAAAGAUGGAGACGUUAAAGUACGCGACAGCAACGGGUGGACACCACUAUUUAGGGCAAUUUGUCAGGGAGCAGAUACGGAAAUCAUAGAGGAGCUUAUAUCCCGAGGUAGUUGCGUCAAUGUGACAGACCGUGCUGGACUCACGCUUGCCGCUGCAGCGAGACUAUUGAAGGACAAUAUUGGCCGCAGACGCGACUCGGUGCUGCGACUAGUAGAUGCAAGGUUCCCGCAUGAGAAAGUACUCGCACACUUCACCAGGAUCACUAAGAAGAUAUCCAGUGUACAUUCAAUGCUUAAAUGA